GGACGAGGAGCCACUCAGUCUUCUUCCACUGCAGUCUUGGGCACGCAAACCCGCAGUCCGCAACAGGAAGGAAGAGAGGGAUUUGGUGGGCAAGGGAGGGGAACAAAAAAAAAAAGAGAAAAAUAAAAAAAAAAAUAGAAAAAAGGAUUCCAUCCGAUCCAAGUUCGUCGUUGUUUGCGGCGGUUUGCUGCUCCUCCUUUUUACCACGGUCACUCUCCUUCUCGAGGCAACUCGCUUCCCUUUUACGCCCACGCGACAACCAAAAUAUCUGAACAUCGAUGGAUAUCUGACCACCACUGCUUUUACGUAUCGCAUCACAACACCAACUCACACAUAUUAGAAACGAUACGAACACAAAGACUUCUCUUAUUGUCACUUUAUUCUAUACCCUUCUACAAACCGGCGGCGUUGCUCAUACACGAUCUGUUACUUUUCAUCAAUAAACGGGGAUUGCUAGAAUUUAUCACAAUUUUCUCACCUUAUCGUCACCACCAACUCACCUCACUUGAACAUAAAAUAAUUCGAAAAAUCCAAUAUCGCAACAAGUCGCCAAAUGUCUGAGCCAAGACAUCCCUGAAUACCUCCCCUCCAGCCGGCUGUCUUUAUUCUUGUCACAGGUCCACCCUUGACCUCAACUUUGUCCUUGGCUUCGAGUAGAACUAAGCGCUAGUUCGUUAUCAGCCAAGCCAUGGAUUCGCCAGAUCGCAGCCACGGGGGCAUGUUCAUCGACGUACCUGCCGAAACCAUGGGCUUUCAAGAAGACUACUUGGACAUGUUCGCGUCCGUUCUCAGCCAGGGUUUGGCUAAAGAAGGUGACUACGCUCACCAUCAACCACUCCCGGCAGGCAAAGAGGAGUGUCUCGAGCCCAUAGCGGUGGCAACGACCAUCACCCCAAGCCCCGACGACCCUCAACUUCAACUUCAACUCGAGCUCGAGCAGCAAUUCCAAACCGAAUCCGGUCUAAAUGGCGUUGACCCCGCGCCCGCACCCGAGUCCGAAGACGAGGCGGAUCUCCCUGAUGGAUUUUCAGAUGAGAGCCCAGACGAUGACUUUGUAGUCCAGCGUAGUAAGCACAUUACGGUCGAUCUACCAGUAUCGACCCUGAUAAACCCAAGGUCGACAUUUCAAAGAAUCGAUGAAAACGAUAAUCUUGUACCGCCUCCGCAGUCAACACCUGAGCGCGUCGCUGUCGAGGAUCUCCUGAAAGCCGCGAAGGCUGCUGGGAAGAAUAAAGAAGAUUACAUCGAAUUCGAGCUACACGACUUCAACUUCUACGUAAACUAUGCUUACCACCCUCAAGAAAUGCGACCAAUCCAGCUUGUAGCGACCAAGGUGCUGCACGACAAGUAUUACUUUGACGGAGUGCUGAAAUAUGGCAAUACCAAGCACUACGUCACGGGCAUGCAAGUGCUUGAGCUGCCUGUUGGCAACUACGGUGCGUCUCUGCACAGCGUCAAGGGCCAGAUCUGGGUUCGAUCCAAGCACAAUGCUAAGAAGGAGAUUUACUACCUCCUCAAGAAGCCCGCAUUCGAGUACCAAAGAUAUUACCAGCCAUUUCUUUGGAUUGCAGACCUCGGGAAACAUGUGGUUGACUAUUGCACCCGCAUGGUGGAGAGGAAGCGCGAGGUCACCCUUGGCUGCUUCAAGAGCGACUUCAUCCAGUGGGCUUCCAAGGCGCAUGGGAAGUCAAAGGCUUUCCAGAACUGGCGGGCGCAGCAUCCUAGUGACGAUUUCCGGACUUCGGUUGCCGCCAACAUCGGGUACAUCUGGAAGGAGAUCAAUGGCGUGGCAGGCGCCAAGAGGGCAGCGGGAGACCAACUUUUCCGGGAACUCAUGAUCGUGAAGCCGGGUCAGUAUUUCAGACAGGAGGUUCCUCCAGGGCCGGUAGUCACCGAAGGCGAUCGAACUGUUGCGGCUACCAUCGUCACUCCCUACAUCAAGGAGUGCUUUGGUCACAUGAUUCUUGGAAAGGUGUUGCGUCUGGCAGGGGAGGACGCCGAAAAGGAGAAGGAAGUCAAGCUCGCAAAGCGUCUCAAGAUAGAAAACAAAAAUGCCACCAAGGCCGACACCAAGGACGAUAUGAAGAAUGAUACCGCGACAGAAAGUCUGCCGACACCACUUCGGUCCUUGCCAGUUCAAGUGCUAGAGGCCACACCCAUUGAGUCGGACAUCGUAUCCAUUGUAUCCUCGGAUCUUCCUCCGUCAGAAAACAACCCACCGCCUUUGACGAACGGGAGCGUGAAGCCUAAAGCAAAAGCAAACCCAAAACCAAAACCGAGCACCCAACCACUCCAUGCAGCCCACGUCAAAUAUUUGAGCCAGGAACUCGUCAACAAGAUCAAGGUCGGGGAUGUCAUUUCAACACCCCGAGAUGACAGUUCAAACACGGACACCAAAUGGAAACCAACGGACACGGAUGAUCACAGGUGGUUUGGCCUUGUUCAAAGAGUACAUACCGCCAAGACCAAAAGUAGCGGCCGUGGCCUUAAUUCAAAGAGUUUCGACGUCAUCUGGUUUUAUCGACCAGAAGACACGCCAUGCUGUGCCAUGAAAUACAAGUGGCGCAACGAACUCUUCCUUUCCAACCAUUGCACGUGCCAGGAAGGCCAUCACGCCCGAGUCAAGGGCAACGAAGUGCUUGCGGUCCACCCGGUGGACUGGUUCGGCACUCCGGAAAGUAACAAGGGGGAAUUUUUCGUUAGGCAAUUAUAUGAGAGCGAGCAACGGCGUUGGAUCACAUUGCAGAAAGAUCAUUUGACUUGCUAUCAUAAUCAGCCUCCGAAACCGCCCACAGCUCCCUAUAAGCCUGGAGAUACGGUUCUCGCGACGCUUUCUCCUUCUGACAAGUUUUCGGAUCCUUACGAAGUCGUUGAAUACUUUACGCAAGGGGAGAAAGAGACGGCAUUCGUGCGGCUCAGAAAGCUGUUGCGACGACGAAAGGUCGAUCGCCAAGAUGCGCCAGCCAACGAGCUGGUCUAUACCGAAGAUUUGGUGGAUGUUCGGGCCGAGAGAAUUGUAGGCAAGUGCAUUAUGAGAUGCUUUCGCCCGGAUGAGCGAGUCCCAAGUCCAUACGACAGAGGAGGAACGGGGAACAUGUUCUUCAUCACCCAUAGGCAAGAUCAUGGGAGAUGCGUUCCUCUUGACACGUUGCCACCCACUUUGCGUCAGGGAUUCAACCCCUUGGGGAAUCUUGGCAAGCCAAAGUUGAGGGGAAUGGAUCUAUACUGCGGCGGUGGUAACUUUGGACGAGGCCUAGAAGAGGGCGGUGUUGUUGAGAUGCGCUGGGCCAACGAUAUCUGGGACAAGGCCAUCCAUACCUACAUGGCCAAUACCCCGGAUCCGAACAAGACUAACCCUUUUCUCGGCUCUGUGGACGACCUCCUCCGCCUUGCCCUGGAGGGUAAAUUCUCCGACAACGUGCCCAGGCCCGGUGAAGUCGACUUCAUUGCCGCCGGUAGCCCUUGUCCCGGGUUCUCACUGCUCACUCAAGACAAAAAGGUUCUCAACCAAGUCAAGAAUCAAUCUCUGGUAGCCUCCUUCGCCUCCUUUGUCGAUUUCUACCGACCCAAGUAUGGCGUCCUCGAAAACGUGUCGGGCAUUGUGCAGACGUUUGUGAACCGGAAGCAAGAUGUCCUUUCACAGCUGUUUUGCGCACUUGUUGGCAUGGGCUAUCAGGCCCAGCUGAUCCUCGGAGACGCUUGGGCUCACGGUGCCCCCCAAAGCCGUGAGCGCGUGUUCUUGUACUUUGCGGCUCCUGGUCUCCCUCUUCCGGACCCGCCGCUACCAUCUCACUCCCAUUACAGAGUCAAGAACCGCAAUAUCGGUUUUCUCUGUAAUGGGGAAUCAUAUGUUCAAAGAAGCUUCAUCCCCACUGCCUUCAAGUUCGUCAGCGCCGGCGAAGGCACCGCCGACCUACCCAAAAUCGGGGACGGCAAGCCGGACGCCUGUGUCCGGUUCCCGGAUCAUCGGUUGGCGUCGGGAAUCACGCCCUACAUUCGUGCCCAGUAUGCCUGCAUUCCCACCCACCCAUAUGGCAUGAACUUCAUCAAGGCCUGGAACAACGGGAACGGGGUGAUGAGCAAGAGCGACAGGGAUUUGUUCCCUAGUGAAGGCAAGACCCGUACAAGCGACGCAUCCGUGGGCUGGAAAAGGCUCAAUCCCAAGACGUUGUUCCCUACCGUCACGACGACUUCUAAUCCCAGUGAUGCGCGCAUGGGACCUGGGUUGCACUGGGAUGAAGACCGGCCGUAUACGGUGCAGGAAAUGCGUCGGGCGCAAGGGUAUCUCGAUGAGGAGGUGUUGGUGGGACGGACGACAGACCAGUGGAAGCUGGUCGGCAAUUCGGUGUCUAGGCAUAUGGCGUUGGCUAUUGGGUUGAAGUUUCGGGAGGCGUGGCUGGGGACGUUGUAUGACGAGAGCGCUGUCGUUGCUACGGCUACUGCUACUGCUACUACUGCCGCUGCUGUUGGUGUUACGGUACCGGUUAUGGAAGAGCCGGGGAUUGGCACGACGGAGUCUUCGAGGCCGUCGAGAUCGCCUGUUCAUACUGCGGUUGACCUCGACGACUCGAAGAGCGAAAGAUCGAGGAGUACCACGCCAGCAACGGUACUUUCGACCUCUUCGGCCGCCGGCGAUGGGUCGGCGAAUGCAGCAGGGUUGGAGGAUGACGAUAACGACGACAUGGAGAUGAUGGAGGUGACGAGGAAAAGAAGUUCACCUGCUGUCGAUGAGGAGGGAAUGCGACCUAGUAAGGUGCAGAAGGUGGAAGUCACAGUGGCUUCACCAGCAUCUAGGAGGUCAUCCAGACAAGCAUCCAGGAACCCAACCGCCUCCCCAUCAUCCAAGGCCAGCAAGGCCACAACCCACGAAGCUCCAGCGCCAGAGGAGCUCGAAUCAGACGCCGAGUCCUACUCUGAGACGUACGAUAAGGAGGGGUUCGAUGGUGACUACCACAGUGGCCAUGAGGAUCAGUAUUCGGAGGAGGACGAAGAGGAAGAAUACGCGGAACCGGAAACGAUGACGGUCAACGGCAUGACGAUUGUCAAGUUGUAGUGCGACGAGGUAACGCCAUGUCCGGGGCCGUGGGAGUCGUGGGUGGCUUGACGGUUCUGCUGUUGCUGUUGUGAGUGCUUGUUCCGGAGGCAUGGAUGAGUGCGGACAGAGGAGCAGGGAAUCAGCAGAUGAUGGAUGAGUAGAGGUAUGGGAUAAGAGUGUAAGGGAGAGCAUGUGCAUGGUGUGUUUGGAAAGCAGCCGUGUGGAUGAAGUUGUGAACAAAAAGAAGAAGAGAUACAAUGUAAAUCAUCAAUUGCAUGAUUUCACAGCAUCAUUCAAGUAGAUGUUUGGCAUGGGCGCUGCUGGAUGGCAAGCAUUCAUUCAGAUGGGAGUCUUGGGCGAAACCGUACAAAAACUCAAUCUAUUGCUGGCGCCGGUUCCCACAUCGAAAAUUGUUCAUGUCUUGGUUGGAUAACCAUCAGCAUCAUCAUCAUCAUCAUCACCUGGAAGGGGGAAAAAACAACAGAGGAAAGAAGGCAACGGAUGCAUCACGGAUUUAUCAUCUCAUCCAGAUGGUUGCCGGUCUUGUAUAUUACCAUACCUAGAUAGACCAUUUAAGCCAACAUCAAC